UGAGUUGGGCGCAUGCGCACUGGGGCGUGCGACCCGGAUGUUUUGAUUCCAUCAUGCGUGGCUUCCUCGACUGCCACUGUCACAUCGCAGCGGGAGAUUUUGACAAGGACAUAGAAACGGUUAUUGAGGACUCCAAACGGGCUGGGCUGUUGGCAUUGUUGGCCGUGGCCGAGCAUGCAGGGGAGUUUGAAAAGAUCAUUGCAUUGUCACAGAGAUUCCCAGGGUUUGUGUUGCCCUGCCUGGGAGUCCACCCUGUUCAGGAAGUAUCCUCUGACCAACACAGAAGUGCUUCUCUACAGGACCUGGAUGCUGCUCUUCCCCUGAUUGAUAAAUACAAAGACCACCUUGUGGCCAUUGGAGAGGUCGGUUUGGAUUUUACACCCAGGUAUGUGAGCAGCGAGUCGGACAAAGAGAACCAAAGGCAGGUUCUGAUCCGCCAGGUGCAUCUAGCCAAAGAGCUGGACCUCCCUCUGAAUGUUCAUUCACGUUCGGCGGGUCGACCCACUAUCCAGCUUCUGAAAGAGCAAGGUGUGGAAAAAGUUCUCCUUCACGCCUUUGACGGGAGGCCGUCGGUCGCCAUGGAGGGGGUGAAAGCCGGAUACUUCUUCUCCAUCCCGCCGUCCAUCGUACGCAGCGAGCAGAAGCAGAAACUAGUGAAACUGUUGCCUCUGGAGAACAUGUGCUUGGAAACCGACUCGCCCGCGCUCGGCCCAGAGAAGCAGUUAAGGAACGAGCCCAAGAACAUCGUCGUUGCGGCCGAGUACGUCAGCGCCGUGAAAGGAGUGUCGGUGGAGGAGGUGAUGCAGGUGACGACGCGCAACGCACUCCGGCUCUUCCCCAAGUUAAAGUCGGCCGUCAAAUUGUGAUACCGGAUGAUUGAGUCAGGCGGUCAAUAAGUCAAUUAAACAGACUCUUGGCACACAA